AUGGAUAAAAAGAUAGUGCGCAAAGGGCCGCUGCCUGGGGGUCGCCGGGGCGCGUCUGGAGCUGGCGCUGGACGCGGCAGCAUGCGGGCCGCCAGCCGAGCGCGAGGAGCUGCACGGUCAUCUACCAGCCCUCCGCAUCCAUCAUCCCCACCAGAAGGCUUGGUGUCGGCUGGGUCUUCUCGGACUGAGCAAGCGGCACCCGCCGCUGGUGGAGCACGUCGCAUGCGUUGGUCACAAGAAAUGAAUGCAAACGCACUGCGGGCGUACUUUAGGGCAAAAGGGGAAGAAACUGGAUGUUUGGCGUAUCGGGCUAGGAUGCAUCGUCUUUUUGCUGAGCUGGAGCCAUCUUUAAUCGUCACAGAGCAAAACCUGGCAGACCGAGUUCGGUAUAUCUUGCGCUCAAAUAUAUUUGAUGUCGCCGAACUCGAACGGCUACGACGUGAGGCUGUUCCCUCGUCGGAUGAGAAUGCUACGGCUGAGGAUGCGGCGCCACAAAUGGUAGAGCAACCCGCAAACGUGGAUGCCGCCGUGAAUACCCCAGUUGUGGUUGAUUCAAACGAUGAUGGAACAGUCGCCCAGGAACUGGAAUUAGAGCAUAUGAGGAGUAUAUUGGAAGAGGCGAUUGUGGAAACGCGCAGUACGCCUCUCGAAAAUCGACCGCGACUUUCCCGCAUAGCCCUAAGCAAGCGGAAUCGGGCUGUCGUGAGGGCUCUGAACCCAAUGCUGGUUACCUAUUUGGAAGCCAGCCGGGACCUUUGCGAGACGGACUCAAUUCUUUUUGGCGCCGCGCUGGCAGUCUGCCGUAUCAUAGGCGCCAAGGUUUCCACGGCUGGACGCGCUACUGGCCAUAGUAGCGCUAUCCCAGCAUGGAGAAGAAGAAUUGAGGAACGUAUCGCAAAGGCUAGAGCUCUCAUCGGCAGACUGAUAUGCUUCAGAUCAGGCAACAACAGGCCAAGAAUUGUGCGCACCGUCAGGAUGGCGUUUGCUGGGACAAAUGUCAGUUUGUCCCAGCCGGAUAUAACGCAAAAACUGACGGAGCCAUAG